AUGGAGAUGGGUGAAGUUGAGUCGUCUCUCAUGUCUUCAGAGACUAAGACACCUCCAGCCAGACCUCCUAACAAAUUUGAGAGGUUAUAUCAGCCGUGUCUGGGUGAGCUGGUGGGAACUACGUUCUUUGUUUUUAUCGGGUGUGUUUCAGUCAUAGAGAACGUGGAGUCUGCAGGGAGGCUUCAGCCAGCUCUGGUGCACGGCCUUGCUGUGGCCGUCAUGGUUGCCUGCAUGGCAGAGAUCAGCGGUUCCCAUUUCAACCCCCCGUUCACUCUGGCCAUCUAUCUAUGUGGAGGGAUGGAGAUGAAUAUGGUGCUUCCAUAUCUAGCAUCUCAGCUGCUUGGAGGGGUGCUUGGAGCCGCCAUGGCAAAGGGGAUGACAUCAGGAGAGAACUACACCAAAGCCAACGGGGCUGCAUUUGCUCUGCUGCAGUCAAACGAUGAAAUAGGAGGCGCUGUGUUUGGAGAGGUUGCUAUGACUUGCCUGGUCACCAUGGUGGUGCUGCUGGGGGCUGUUAAUGCCAAGACCAGAAGUCCCCUGGUGCCAUUUAUGGUGGGCUGCACUGUUAUCAUCAACAUCUUGGCUGGUGGAGAUGUAUCUGGCACCUGUCUAAACCCAGCCAGAGCCUUCGGUCCAGCCAUAGUGAACAACUACUGGACUUAUCACUGGGUCUACUGGGUGGGACCCAUAACAGGAGGCCUUGUAGCGGCUGCAUUGGUUCGACUCCUGCUUGGAGACAGGGAGAUUCGACUCAUUCUUAAAUGAGGUUCUUUGUACAUGAACUUAAAGAAGAUAAAUCAGGAUGGUGCUUUAUCAUCUACAGUUACAAUAUAAACCUUUCUUUCAUUCCACUGAGUGUGUGUGUGUAUGAUUAUGCACUCUUUGCAAUACGAUAAU